AUUCGACCAAAGUUAGUCUACGCGGUAUGCGUGAAAAGAAAGACGUGUAUCGAUUCCACCCGCGAAUUUUUCCAAAUUAAGACCGAAUUUUAUCAAUUAGAAUGUGAAUUGUUAUCGGAGUGGACUGCGUGAUAUUUAAAAGGAUUUUAGUGAGAAUGGACACCAAAUGAAGGAAGAGCCACAAAACGAUGGCGAUACUUAUUCACGACUACUACGAGCUGGAGGAGCGGGCGGGCAAGCACCUCAGAGCGUGGAAAGCAUGGCACAUAAUAAUCUACACAUUGGCAGCCGUAUUCGGCAUCCUAAACUACGUAUUCCUGCACAACACAAUGUCGAUAGUAGACGACCGCUGCGUGCUGGGAGCGCCGCAGAUAGUGCUCAGCCAGGUUCUUGUUUACAAACCGAACCUAACGGCUAAUGAGACUGCAGUGAAUGAAGCUCAACCUACAACCGUCCCUUUUAGUACGACAGAAACUUCGAAGAGAAGAAGAAAUGCAGACUCUGAUUUCGCAGACGCUAUUGAAAAAUAUGAAAAGCGACCGGCGCUGGAUCUGAUGAGGACCUUCUUCGCGGCGCGGACGGACUGCGAGUUCGUCGAGUACAUGCCGAUUGUCUCCACCGUGUUCGCGCUCGUGUGGACAACAUUGUUCGUCAUGUGUCCUGGUGGUGGGCACGCUCGCUUCGGGCUCGCCCAACCGUGGCGCAUCCUGGCCCCAGCGCUGGUGUUCACGCUGGUGCUGGUCGGGCUGACCGGAAGCAGCUUCACCCAGACCAACCGCGGGUUAAGAGAGUUCUGCUCGGCGUUCUACAAUUACACCAAUGCUACCACUUGCUCAUCAGUAAACAUAUACAUGGAGCGCUCCUGGAACGCCAGCUGGAAGUUCGGGUCCCGCGCCGAGGCAACACGCGCGGCCAGCGCCGGCGUCUGGGUGUGCUGGGCGUGCGCGGCCACGCUGCUCAUCAUACGCUGUUUGACUGCGCCCGACUUUCAAUUGAAGAAGACUGGGGUAUAUCUGGCGAAAGAUCCUGAGCAGAAAAUAACGCCCCACCUGCUAAAAUCCCGACGGCGCGGGGGAAAAUCGCCAUCGCCCAGCAAGUCAGUCCGCUCAGAGCCCACGGCCACGACGGAGCUGGUGACCAACGUGGAUGUGGAGCAGGACUCCACCCCCACCUCACGGCUUGGUACGCCUGUGCCGCAUGGCGAGAAGGAUUCCAGCGUGUGACCUCAACCACAAGAGAAGGGUAUACAACCAAAUGAACGACACUGAAAAGUGUAGUGUGAUAACCCUGAAAUCUCUUGUACCUAUAAUGAAUUUUAUGAACAAACUUAUAAGCUUUUUUAGUUUAUGAUGAUACAAAAUUAAAAAUGUACUUAAAAUUUUAAUAUCUACGUGUUAUUCUGCCGAAUACUAAGUGAACAAUAAUUUUAAGUUUUAAUUUUGUAUAGUUUUGUUGACGAUGAUGACUAUAAGUAACAGUUUUUUUGUAUUUAGAUUUAAGUUUAAAAAAUAAAAAGAUUACACAGUAAGUAAA